UUAUGUUAGUGACAGAAACUCAUAAAUCAGAAGUUGCUGCGUGUCUACUAUUGUUUCUCAAUUGGCUUCCCUCAUCUCAGAGAGCAUUAGAUAACUUAUUCCGGGGCAAAGGUCGGCCGCCUCCCUCUGCUGCAACACCUUACUGUUGCUUUAAAGCCAUUUUCUGCAGGCAGGCUGUCAGCAGACCUAAAUAAAACAGCAGAGACUGUGAAGCUUUUUAAAACUUGAACAUGGCAGACGAGUCUCCACUCUCAUCUGAACAGUUUCUGGGACGGACUAAUGAGCGUGACCUGAAUGAGCCUCUUACUGACCAUGCAGAGGGGCAGCUUUUCUUGACUGAAGCCUUCAAAAUUAUUGUGGACGAGGUGCUCCGCAAGGGCACAGAUGUGAAACACAAGGUUUGCGAGUGGAAAGAGCCCGAGGAGUUGGCACGGCUGCUGGAUCUGGAGCUGAGAGAAACAGGGGAGCCGCAACAAAAGCUCCUGCAGAGAGUCAGAGAUGUGGCCAAGUACAGCGUUAAGACAAGUCACCCACGAUUUUUUAAUCAGCAGUUUGCCGGGAUGGACUAUUAUUCCUUGGCUGGACGAUACCUCACUGAAACGCUCAACACCAACCUCUUCACCUAUGAGGUCGCCCCGGUCUUUGUGCUGAUGGAGACUGAGGUUCUGAGAGGGUUGCGGCAGCUGGUGGGCUGGACAGAAGGCGACGGUAUUUUCUGCCCCGGGGGAUCUGCCUCUAACAUGUACGCCAUGAACCUCGCACGCUACCGACUGUUCCCAGAGGCCAAAAGCCAGGGGCUGUAUGGUCUCCCACGACUCGCUGUCUUCACAUCUCCAGAGAGCCAUUACUCUGUGAAGAAAGGGGCUGCAUUUCUGGGCAUUGGAAUGGACAAUGUGAUCUUGGUGAAAGUCGAUGAUGGAGGCCAUAUGAUUCCAGAGGACCUGGAUGAAAAAAUAGAACUCACCAAAUCUCAGGGUGCUGUACCGUUCCUUGUAAGCUGCACAUCAGGGACCACAGUACAGGGAGCUUUUGACCCAUUGGAUCGCAUCGCUGAUGUUUGUGACAAACACAAGCUGUGGAUGCACAUCGACGCUGCCUGGGGCGGGAGUGUGCUCUUUUCCAAGCAACACAGACAUCUGAUGAAAGGAGCUGACAGAGCAAAUUCAGUCGCCUGGAAUCCACACAAGAUGCUGGUGGCCGGCCUGCAGUGUUCUGCCUUGCUGCUAAAGGACACCACGAACUUGUUGAAGCACUGCCACAGCACUAGAGCGACAUACCUCUUCCAGCAAGACAAAUUCUACGAUGUGAAUCUGGACAUUGGAGAUAAGUCCUUGCAGUGCAGCCGCAAGGUGGAUUGUCUGAAGUUGUGGUUGAUGUGGAAAGCUGUCGGCUCCGCUGGCUUGGCAGAGCGCGUAGACAAAGCUUUUGUCCAUGUGAGGUAUCUGGUGGAGCAGAUGAAGAAAAGAGAUGGGUUCCAUCUUUUGGGCGAGCCAGAGUUUGUGAACGUAUGCUUUUGGUUUAUACCACCAAGUCUGAGAGGGAAGGAAGGAAAUGCAGAUUAUCAGGAGAAACUGGCAAAAGUAGCGCCAACCAUCAAGGAACGUAUGAUGAAACAAGGCACGAUGAUGGUGGGCUACCAACCUCUGGGAAACAAGGUCAACUUUUUCCGUGUGAUUGCUUUUUCUCCCCUCAUUUCCCAGAAAGACCUGGAUUUCUUCCUCAAUGAAAUUGAAAGACUAGGAAAUGAUCUGUGACUUUAACGCCGCUUUCAGACAGAACCACCGUGUUCAUCUAGAAUUCGAGUUCAUGUGCACAGCCAGGCAUUGUAUAUUCACAAGUUAGAACAGGCAAACCUCACUGUAGCAAUUUAGAUAAUUUGCUGGAUCCAAACAGCUGCCGCAAUGUACCAAGGGAUAAAAUUAAUGAAUUAAAAAAAUAAUAUCGAUAUGAUCUGAGUUCUUCAUAAAUGUCAAUUGUGGAAAAGUAAACAUUUUAAAUACCUGUAAAUAACUUGAAUAACUUUUUUGUAAAGAGUGUAAAAAAUUAUCAAUUGAGUGAAUGUCCAUGCAGGUCAUUUUAACGAUGUGUUUCCAUGAGUGAAAAUCAUACCAAUAAAAUAUACCGAUGAUA